CAUUUUAUUUCAGCAAUGGAAAAGACCAGAGCAACGAAGAAGUCAUUGAGUCGCGCCUCGCGAGCUUCGAAGAAGAAAUCUUCCUCAUCCACAGUGAGCAACGAAAGCUCCAGCGUGGACGCCUUGGUGCAGCCGAAACCCAAGCCACCGCGGGUCUUUCUCUAUAUCCAACUGAACGAAAUUAGCAUGCUGCCAGAGACGCAGCAUCCGCUGGAGCUGCACUUGUGCCAUGCCAAGAAUACGCUGCAAAAGAUGCAGGAGCGCUACACAACGGAGACAAUUAUCUACCAGGACGAGUUCGACCUGCAGAAGCCCGUCUUUGCCAUGGGUGUAAUGCAGGAUGAUAUCGAGGAUAUGAAUGCGUUUAGCGAUAAUCCCUUGGUGAUUACACUUUACCAACGGGUGCCCAGGCUCCCGAAGAGCGAGGUGCAGAAGUUGGCAAAGCCAAGCGAUGCCUCGACAGGAACACCAGAGCCAGACUUGAUUGGGGAUUCCAUAGACACGACAUUAGCCGGAGCCGAGGUCAGUCCGGUUACUCAAACCCACCCAGAGGGUCCACCUAAUGAGUUGACAUUGGAUGAGGACGAUGGUGAGGAGGGAGGCUUUACGGAGGAACAUUUAGAGCUGCUCUCGCGCGGUCACUGCGAUCUGUUGCAGCUGUUCCAGCGGCGCCGCUUCAUCAGCGACAUCAGCGUCUAUCUGUAUCCGGAGCUGCAAGGCGCACCCGAGGGCAAGCUGACCACCUGCACCAUCUGGCACAUGUACUCCAUUCUGCCGAUCCUCAAGGAUUUCAAUUUCACCAACCUGGCAUUCGUUACACUCGAGUCCAUCUACAAUGUGCCUGAGCAGCUGCACGACAAGGCCUCCGAGCUGGGUCUCAGCAUAUCCUUUCGCUCCCGAGAGCCCAACGACCAGGGUGUGCACCAGCUGGUGCCCUUCUGCGGCUUCUACGGCUUUGGGUCGGAGGUCAUCAGCGAACAGAACACGAGCAUUGUGUGGGAGAACAUCAAGCGGGAUAUCAAUCCCUUCCAAAACUUCAGCUUCAAUCAAAUGGACACCAAUAUCCGCGUGAAGCUGGAGCGCGUUUUCCGCCUGGUGCUGUGGGAGAAGGAUGUCGACUUUAGGAGCAACGCCAUCGAUAUUUUCAUGGACCUGGCGCUCAUCAACAACUCCAUGCACCGCUAUGUGCUCAACGAAGAGAUGCGACACAUCCUUGAGGCUGCUGUUGUCCACAAUAGCUACGAAUUGCUGCUGCAACUGUACCAGGAGACCCCGUCCAAUGUCCUGUACGAGGGUGUGAUUAAUCCCAGCAUCUUUGGUUAUCCAAAUGUAAACUAUUGCCGCUUUGCCAGUACUCUGCAACCCGUUUCGAGUGGCUCUAAAAAGCAAUCAGUGCUGCGGAGCAGCCUUGAUGUGGGUCCCAUGUUUGCCACUGUCAAGAUCUGCUUCUUUCAGUCGAUCGCCCAGCGCAAUGAGAACCUGGACAAGUACAACGAGAACAUACUCAAGAGAGCCAAGCUGCUGCGCUGCUUCGACAAUACGUUCCUCAACGAGCCCGAGGAUGAUGCGAAUCUGAUAUUGGAACUUUAUCGCUCCUUCGACGAUCUAAUAGCGGACAUGAUUGCGGUCAUUGUGAAGCGGAACUUGAAGAACAUUGCGCAGGGGCAGGAUUACUUCUGCUGUCAGCUGGCGAAUCUCAACAAUCUGAUGCUCCAAAUUUGCGGCUGUGACUUCAAUAUUCGCAUGCCAACCAAGACGAACCUUGAGUUCAGGGCGAUGCUGACGCACAUGUACGAGGAGCUAAUGGAGCGCAUCGAGAAGAUUUUGAGCGCCUGCAGUUGGGAGAGUGUCUGCAAUUGUGUGGUCAACUUUGAGUACGAGCAGCUGCACAUGAUGCACCUCAUGGAAGAGCUGCGUCUCAUGUGCCUCAUCGGGGAGCACAGCCUGGCCGGGCAGAUCUUCGAAGACCUCAGGGACAACAACUCCCAUCCGCUGCUCUUCAAUUUCUACAACUUUCUGAACAACCUGGAGAACUUCCAGUUCAAGCAGGCCUCGAGAUAUUUUAAAAACCCCACAGGCGGUGGCUGGGUCGGGGAAUACUUUCCUUCCCUGGGCAAGCUGUACAUUGACUACAUGCUGGAACUGAAAUCGGAGGACGAGCAGGUCUCUGCCCAGGCAUAUGCCAGCAUGAUGGAGAGUCUGCGGGUAUUUGCGAGCAAGAACAGCCUGGACCUGGACGUCCAUGUUCUGCUGUACUGCUACUACAAGAGAAGCGACUAUUUGCCGGGCAUGGAGUUUACCCGCUUGAGAAUCGAGAAUCUCUAUUCAGUGCCGCGCAAGAAUCUCGGCGGCACCCCAGUCUCACUCUUCGAGCUCUUCCUGCCCGAGGACUUUGAGCUGAGCACCAUGAGUACCAUGAUGAACCUGAACUUCUAUCCGGUCUUCACAACGUUUGCUCGAUUGGGUGCCUAUGGCUUUGCCGAGGUUGUCUUCAGCGACAUUCAGCAGUGUUUCACAGCAAUUGAAGUUUAUUUAGUGACGACAACGCUGAAGAUUCUUCAGGGGGAAAUAGACAACGACUUCAGGGUGCUCAUCUUUCCCACAAAUGAAACUGAAACUGGAAGGUUGAUGCGCUUUUAUCAGGCGCACAUCAAUGGCAAUGCGGAGUACUCUCGUGGACGGUUCGACGAGGCCAUGCUCUACUUUAAAGAGCUGCUAACAGUAGAUGGAGAAGAGGAGCAUGAACACUUUAAGGUGAGUUUCAUGCGGCUGGCACACCUGGCCUUCGAUCGAGGGGAAUAUGGGCUGGCCCAGCAGGCUUACGACAUGUGUCCGCCACACUGCAAAAAGAUGAACUUCCUGCUCAAUUAUGGAAAGGGAUUGACCCUCUACUAUCUGAAUCGCUUGGAGGAUGCCAUUGAGUAUCUGGCUCGCUGCACCGAAGUUGAGGUUUUUGUGCCCGAUGUCUGGGGUUAUUUGGCCAUCAUUAAUUUGCGUUUGAAUCGCAACAAGAGUGCGCUGGACUGUUGGAAAAUGGCCAAAAUGUAUCCGGAGCUGUUCCUCCAUGAUCGCAUCUAUGAGGAGCUGGACAAGAUAAAAUACUCGGACGUGCAUCUGUUGGUCGAUGAUGAUGGCAAUCCCGCCGAGGUCAUGGAGAAAAGGGACUUUAAUGUUCUGUAAAGACACCUUCAAAGACUCUAAAUACACAAUCUGAAACCGGGCUAACAUAUUUUCG